AUGACCUUUGUGCAAAAUGAUACGGGCUUCAUCCGCGGGAGCGAAGAGCCUGGCAGCCUGCAAUCAUUGAUGGCUGAGGUCUCCAUGCGCCAUGCCAAACGAUAUUUACCAGCAGUGUCCAACAGUGCCCUGGUGUCAUGGCCGUUUGGAAAGCACCACCAGGGCCCGAGCAUGGAUCUGAUGGACGCAGAAGGCAGCUGGCAUCACGUGGGAUUCAGAGGGGCUUCUCUCGAAGAAGCAUCGGACAUGGCUGGCCUUUUGGAAGCUCUUGCGAGCAAGAACUCCUUGAAAAAGGAUCCUUGA